GGCGGGCGCGGGAGCUCGGGCUGCAGACUGCUCCAGCAGGGCCGGGAGUGCGGGCGCCCGCGUAGCCUCAGCCUCAUGCCCCGGCCUCAGCCUCACUCAACCCCAGCCCCGGCUCCGCCGCGCUCGGUGCUCCGUGUUCUGCGAUCCAUGCUCCUUGCUCCGCGCUGCGCCCCGCUGGGCGCGGAGACCUCGGCGCAUCCCCAGGAGGUGGUCGGUGCAGUAAGAGGUGAGCUUCUGAAUGAGUGGGGCGGCAGACACCACCUGAAACCGCAGUGAAGCUCCCAUGCUGCUGUGAGCCUUGAGGAGCUACCCAGAGCCGCAACUUCCGUUGGUGGUGGACGGUUGGGUCCCCCUCGCCUUGGCUGAGAGCACCCUGUCACCCCCUGCUGGUGGUAACAUGAAACAGCACUGCCCAACAGUUCAUCUACGUCGUGUUUUUGGUUCUCAACUUUGUGUGCCCACGAGCACUCUCCGGGGCCACCUGUGACGACAGAGAUGCUAGCUAGAAAGCCAGAGCUUCUCAUCAGCUCCAGGAGGGACUCGAAUUCCUAACCGGGAGCUCAUCAUACCCUCCUCGGAGAAUCCCUGACCAGAGGACGUUGCUGCAGUAGCUGGAAAGAGACGGGCUCUUUUGUUCCGUGGCUACCUCUGAAUUGCCGGGCAGUGUCCAGAGUACACGGGACACAGAAUACACGGGAAGAGCUGUGGUUUGACCAAGCAGGAUGGCACUUACCUGUAAUCCCAGCACUUGGGAGGUAGAAGCAGAAAGAACAGGAGGAGUUCAGGGCUAGCCUCAGCUACAGAACAAGUUUUGAGUCUAGCCUGGGCUACAUGAGACCCUGUCUAAAACAAACAAAAAAAGCGUGGUUUCAAAUCUCAUGCCGCCCCCCACUCAUUGAAGCCCUCACAUCCCUCACCUGUAAGACAGGAGAGAGCAGACGAGACAGCCUGCGGAGCUGAGCUGGCCACCCGGAGGCCCUCAGCAAAUACCGAUCGCACGGAUGUGCUGCUUCCUAGGCCUGCUUCCCUCUCUAGACGAUGGCCUGUGGAGGAUUUGAUUUCUGCACUAGAACACAUGCCCUCGGGAGGUGGCAGCCCAGUGCCCUGAAGCUUGACCAGAUGGAGGCCUUCGAGCGGGAGUCCCCAGAAGGUGGCACACAGCUUGGUCGCCCGUUGGAGCUGGAGGAGAGGCCAGCAUCAGAGCCCGCAGUGAACUAACCAAGCUCAACAGCCCAAAAGAGACUUAGAAGGGGCCAAAGUGACCUGCAGCUGCUGGGCUCCCUCCCCUAGUCCUUGUCACCAGAGUUCUUCAGCCGCACUCUGGGAUGAGGACCGAGAUGUGGGGAAAGGAGACCGAAUCCUGUAGGUCCCCUUUCUUGGCCCCAGGCAGCUCACGUUGACCUCGGGACUCCAGAACCUCUGUCCUCGUUUCCCUGUCCUCAGCCCAGCCUGGGCUUGCUUUCUGGCUACAGUAUCUCCUCUGUGGAAGGACCAGAAUACCACGCCCUCGGAGUUGCAUUCUUAAGGUGUCCUGGGAAGCCACGCCCUCCACGCCCCUUCCCAGCCAUCAGCCCAGCCAGCCCCGAGCCAGUCCGGAAUGAUCCUGCUAUGGCCAAGCUCUGGUUCAAGUUCCAGCGGUGUUUCCGGUAUUUCCGCAGGAAGCCCGUGCGCUUCUUUACCCUGCUGGCUCUCUACCUGACCGCUGGGAGCCUCGUCUUUCUGCACUCCGGCUUCGUGGGCCAGCCGGCGGUGCCCCAGAGCCAGGCAAGCCCUGCCGCGGGGAGCCCAGCAGAAGGAGCCGAGCUGCCCUUCCUGGGCGACUUGCACCUGGGCAGAGGCUUCCGGGACACGGGGGAGACCUCCAGCAUCUCACGCAGAUACGGACCUUCAUUCAAGAGCAAGGAGCCCAGCGAGAGAGCCAAGCUGGGUGACUACGGGGGAGCCUGGAGCCGAGCCCUCAAAGGGAGGGUUGUCCGGGAGAAGGAGAAGGAAAAGGAAGAGGAGAGAGCCAAGUACAUCGGCUGCUACCUGGACGACACCCAGAGCCGGGCCCUGCGAGGCGUGUCCUUCUUCGACUACAAGAAGAUGACCGUCUUCCGUUGCCAGGACAACUGUGCUGAACGGGGUUACCUGUACGCUGGGCUGGAGUUCGGCGCUGAGUGCUACUGUGGCCACAAGAUCCAGGCGGCCAACGUGAGCGACGCGGAGUGUGACAUGGACUGCAAGGGAGAGCGGGGCAGUGUGUGUGGUGGUGUCAACCGCCUCUCAGUCUACAGGCUACAGCUGGCCCAGGAGUCUGCCCGCAGGUAUGGAAGUGCGGUGUUCAGGGGCUGCUUCCGCCGACCCAACAACCUCUCCCUGGCCUUGCCUGUGACGGCCGCCAUGCCAAACAUGUCCGUGGACAAGUGCGUGGACCUCUGCACAGAGAAGGAGUACCCCCUGGCAGCUCUCGCUGGCACUGCCUGCCACUGUGGUUUUCCCACCACACGAUUCCCUCUUCAUGACCGGGAGGAUGAGCAACUGUGUGCACAGAAGUGCAGUGCCGAGGAGUUUGAGAGCUGUGGGACCCCCAGCUACUUCAUUGUGUACCAGACACAGGUCCAAGACAAUCGCUGCAUGGACAGAAGGUUCCUCCCAGCCAAGUCUAAGAAACUCAUCGCGCUCGCCAGCUUCCCGGGCGCCGGCAACACGUGGGCUCGCCAUCUCAUCGAACUGGCCACCGGCUUCUACACUGGCAGCUACUACUUUGAUGGAUCUCUGUACAACAAAGGGUUCAAAGGUGAGCGAGACCACUGGCGCAGCGGCCGGACCAUCUGCAUCAAGACCCACGAGAGUGGCCGGAAGGAGAUCGAGGCCUUCGACGCAGCCAUUCUGCUCAUCCGCAACCCCUACAAGGCCCUCAUGGCGGAGUUCAACCGCAAGUAUGGAGGCCACAUCGGCUUCGCUGCCCACGCCCACUGGAAAGGCAAAGAGUGGCCCGAGUUCGUCAGGAACUACGCCCCGUGGUGGGCCACGCACACGCUGGACUGGCUCAAGUUUGGCAAGGCGGUCCUGGUGGUGCACUUCGAGGAUCUGAAGCAGGACCUCUUUGCGCAGCUGGGCCGCAUGGUCAGCCUGCUGGGCGUGGCCGUCAGGGAAGACCGCCUGCUGUGCGUGGAGAGCCAGAAGGAUGGCAACUUCAAGCGCUCGGGGCUCCGCAAGCUGGAGUACGACCCUUACACCGCCGAGAUGCGCAGGACCAUCGCUGCCUACAUCAGGAUGGUGGACACAGCCCUGCGCAGUCGCAACCUCACCGGGGUGCCCGACGCCUACGGCCCAAGAUGAUGGGUGUGGCCAGGGAGGGUCCCAGCUUCCCCCCUUGGCUCCAAGAGCUGGCUUCCCUCUGGCAUGAUGACAACCCCAGGCUUCUGCCUGCCUUCAGAGAGACCCCCUCUGAGGCCUGGGGAGGAGACAUCCAGGCACCUUCCCCUGGCUGCCUGGUUUGGGGAGUCCCUGCCCCUGCUGUUGGUGUGGGCGGGGGGAUGAGAUGAUUAUCAUGGAGACAGCAGUGGUUGGGAGGUUCUGGAUGUGACAGCUGAUGAACAGUUAUAAGCAGUAACCCUGCAGCUGACUGUGUGGGCCCCUGUCUCUUCCCCUGAGCGAGCACUGGCUUUAUGGUCUCUCUCAGGCCAUCUGUGUGUGACAGACAGAUGUCUGGGACCUGUCUCCACGGCCUUAGAUCUCUGGCUUCUGAGGUAGGGGGAACUGGUGCCCUGGCACACCGUGGGAGCUGUCCCCCAGGCUAAAUCACACAUGAGAUCCAAGCUGGGUGCUGUUCCACUUCGAGGGCUGGAACUCUGUCCUUUCUGCCCACGCUGUGUCUUGGAGGUCGGGGUGACUUUGGGGGUUUUGACCCUUCUUCCAAAGUCCCUUAGGUACCAAAAACCAACCCAAAGGUUGGUCAUGUACCACGUACAGAGCCCCCAAUGACCCAUCUUUCCAGGGUGGGGUCCAACAUGUCUAUCUUACACUGCCCUCCUGAGCCCUUAACCAGGGGAGGGAACAGAGUGCUCCAGCUCAGAGGGAGCCACACUCAAAACAGUCCCCCUACCCACAAGACAUCAGCCUCCCUUCCCUCGCUUACAGCCCAACAGGGCCGGUCCCCCUGCCCCCCCCCGGGGGGGGGACUCCUUAGAAACGGGGUAAUGAAUGGCUGUCCCUUCCCACUGCGCCACUGCUCUCUUGAUGCCGAGACACCAAACCAAAGGAUUUCUGACUUGAGUCACUGAUCAUGUUUUUCCAAAGCAUGCAUCCAGGAUCCCGUCUCCCCACCCCGGAUCCCCGCGGCUUCCCCUCCAGCCCACACCUUCACCAUCCCCAUGGCAUCGACACAAAAGCCAUAGUCACAGGCCCCUUGCUCUUCUGUCUGGAGCAGCCUCCACCUCCCCCACCCCCGGAAGUCUUGGGGGGGAGCAAAAAAUGAGCACUGGUUCCCACCUAGCCAAGGAACCCCGGAGAAGGUUCGUGCAAAGAGAUAUAUUUUUUUAAGAGGAAUAUGACCAAGACAUUCUGCCCCUUGGACACUGGCCAUGCAAAAAGAAGGGCCAGAGACUGUCCCUGAUUCCCUUCUCCGAUGCCCUCGUCUGAAGGGUUUGGACCACCCCAGGGCUCAGCCAGGGGGCUCUGAAUGUAUUUUGUAUGGUGUUUCUUCCCCCACCCCCCAGGCUAAUUUCUAGUUUUCUUUCACCGGGUAGUAGAUGGCCGGGUCACCCCUCCUGUUUGGAGGUCAGUUCUCUCUGGGUCCAGAACCCGGGCCAGUUCCUUGCUAGUGGCCACCUCUGGUCACGAACUUUCUGUUCGAAGAUUCCUCAGGUCAACACUGUCAUUAAAAAGAGUUUUGUUGCUAAUUCUA